CUCACACCAUCGACCUGCUGCCGGGUCGUAGAGGAGCGCAAGCUCUUCGUGGGGAUGCUGAGCAAACAGCAGACCGAGGAGGAUGUACGCCGGAUCUUUGAGCCCUACGGAACGAUUGAGGAGUGCACAAUUCUGCGCGACCAAAAUGCCGCCUCCAAGGGUAGGCUUUUGGCACCACUGCGCCACAGCCUGGCCCCAGGUCACGCCUCUGGUGCCAUGUCUUUUGUCAAUUGUAUGCCAAUUCGGUCAAUCCUGUAG